AUGUUCAGGACAGGCCCAAAUUAUACAAAACUUAGUACUAACCUUCGGUUGACAGUAAAUAGGCUGAAAUUGCUGGAAAAGAAAAAGACCGAAUUGGCCCAAAAGGCCCGUCGUGAAAUCGCCGAUUACAUUGCAAAUGGUAAAGAAGAUCGCGCCCGGAUCCGCGUAGAACAUAUAAUUCGGGAAGAUUAUUUGGUUGAGGCGAUGGAAUUACUAGAAAUGUAUUGUGAUCUCCUGUUGGCAAGGUUUGGUCUCAUCCAAACACAAAAAGAACUGGAUUCUGGUCUUGAAGAAGCAAUUGCCAGUUUAAUAUGGGUGACCCCACGUCUCCAGUGUGACAUCCAAGAACUUAAACACAUCUCCGAACAGUUUGCCGCCAAAUAUGGCAAGGAAUAUGCACAGGCGUGCCGCACAAAUGCCUUAAACAAUGUCAGUGAAAAAGUGAUGCACAAACUGAGUGUUCAGGCUCCACCCAAAAUUCUGGUUGAACGAUAUAUGAUUGAGAUUGCCAAGACAUACAACGUUCCAUUUGAACCUGAUGCCAUUGUAAUGUCACAGGAUGAGGUCCACACAGCCGACAAACUGCUCAUUGACUUGGGCCUAAGUCAGCCAGAGGAUGAGAACCCAAAGUGCAACCCUGGGAUUGGUGGAGGGAUGGCAGUGCAGCCUCCUGCAUCAGCGCCACCACCGUUCAACUAUCCCUACCCACAACCUUCUUCUAAUGCCCCUCCUGCUUAUCCAGGCAAUAGUGGUCCCGUGCCAGGAAUGGAGACAAGGUCAUCCCAUGAUUAUCCACCAGCCCCUAUUGGGUUUAUCAUCAACCAGCCCAACAAACCAAAAACAGGAGAUGACCUGUUCCCUGACUUGCCUGCACAUUUUUCUUCUCUUGUUUGUAACUCUCUUUCUUUCUCUUUUCUCUUUCUAUCUCUCUCUUUUUCCUCUUUCAACCUUCUCUCUCUCAACAUCUUCCCUCUCUGCACUUCCCCUUUUUACAUUGUAGCUUGCCACUCUCUUUUUCCUACUUUUCACUUUGUACUUCCUCUCUCUCUCUUUCUCUGUGCCUCCCACCUCUCUGUACUUUUUUUAUACUGCAUUUCCACUGCUCUCUCUCUCUCUACACCUCCCUCCUUCCUUUCACUAUGCACCCCCCCUACACACACACUUUUCACUCUGUUUCUUCCCACUCUCUCUGCUGUCCUCCUUUCUCUCUCUCUCUGCACCCUCUUCUCUGGAAAAUGCAUAAAAAAUAAAUAG